UCCAAUGUAAACAAGCAAAAUCGACCUUAGAUUUGUUUCUUUUUUCUAUUUGCACAAUCCGUAUGCGGUAUCCCGGAGCUCUAGGCAUCGUUGCUUCUUCGGUUUUGCAUCUGGUGCUGAGAAUUCGUUGCACGAUUAACGGCGAAGCCAGCGGGAGAUCCGAUUCCACGUUUAAAUGAGCCGAAGGGCAGUUCUAGGAAGAGCUGCACUUUCGUUCAAUACGGCCGAUGGCAUACUCGAUAUAGAUCAAAUCAUGGAAACGGAUCCGUGGAAGCAUAUCGACGAUUUCGUGCAACAAAAUUUCAUGCAAGACAUCCUGAAUCAAUUCGACGAACGAAUGAAGCUCGAGCCGAAACCCGUUCCGGCAGAAGCGAAGAAGCCGAGAAAGAGUCCCGAUACACGAUCGAACCGAACGAAUCGAGAGAAUCUGUCGAACAAGACGAAUUCGCCGAUGGCCAACAACGAAAAUUCAGCGAGAAGCGGAGGAACGCUGCCGGAAACGCGCAAGCAAGCCUUCGGGCUUCGAGGCAAACGGGUCAACGAUACGGAAACGAAGGAGAAAAAACGAAACUCCGUUCCGAAGAAACAGAGGCUCGUAAGACGUCGUAGAACCGUAACGUCCAAGAAAUCGCAACAGCUCGAAAAUGUUACGAAAUCGAGCGUCGAAGAAGACUUUACCGCAAAACGAUCGACGAAGAAGAGAACCGAGAACGAAAACGUUGCGGACAUGUCUAUUUGCAAAACUGAAUGCGCGAAUCCGAUGGAAAUAGCAACCGAAAACGUCGAGAUAGACGGAAACGUAACAUCGAAACAUCAAACGACGAUAGAAACGUUGAAGAACGCGAGUUCUUGCUCGACCUUUAAGGCGAGCACGCCCGAGAGAUUCGUCGACGCUGUGUCCAACAACAGCACCGAGCCAUUCGAAUUUCCUAUAACAAAGAAACCGAACGUCGACCAGAGCAGAUCGCUACACAAAGAGCACAGGAAAAAGGAAACCUCCGCGAAAUGCAAAUGCGAUACCACGGUGGAGCUAAAGAACUGCGUCGAAAAACGUGAAGGAGAGAAAGUAAAGGAGGUAGUAAAGAAGGAGAGUGGCCAGAAAAAUGGAAAGAAGCGAUCGAAUAAGAGCGAAAAAGUGUCGAAACGUAAAAAACAUAACGGAAAAACAGAGACAACGGAUGGGAAACAGAUAGGUAAGUUUGAGAAACGUCUGCUCAAAAAAGAAAAGAAACGACGGGACAGACAAAUAUACCGAGAGGAAAGGAAAGCCCAACGAGCUAUUGAAAAAUUCAGUCAUCACGUGACGAACAUCGCGGAAAAAAUGGGUUAUUUACAAAAAUGUCGUUCGAAUACGCGCGCCAGCAAGACCAAUGAUUCUUCCGAUUUCUCUGAAGAGUCCUCGUACACGAGUUCCAGCUACGACAGCUCCACUUCCUGUUCCUGUUCCUGUUCCAGUUCCUCCUGCUCUUGCACCUCCUGCUCCUGUUCCUAUGACCUCUCCGAUUGCUCCUUUUCCGACAACUCGUACGGAACCGACGAGUACUCUGAAUACACAUUAUGUUCCUGUUCGGGAUGCGACAGCUCUUGUUCCAGCGGAUGAUGGUGUCGUCCCGUUGCCAUUGCUCGAAUCGCAUUUUUAAAAACGAUACUCGCAACAUAAUGUGUAUGUACACUGCCGUGCAUAACACCGCGCGUUAACCUUCGUGUUAUCGCAUAGUUUUUAUACGUAGACUACGAGAAAUUAUUUAUUUACAUAUGUACGAAUAAAAGAUUAUACGAAUAAAGAAAUUCCUAUACAA